AUGACGUCACGCCGCGCUCUGACGUCUCCAUGGACACGCGCGGCGCCACCGGUACCGGCGGGAACGGGACGGGGAGGGAGCAGCGCGGCGUCGCGUCGCCCUGGUAACAGCGCCGGGCGCUUCCGGCUGCGUCAUGGCCGGCGGGACCCGGAAGUGGCUCCGGGUAUUUCCGUCCGGGAGCGGAGGUGGCGGGGAGGCAGCAUGUCUGACAACGAGGACAACUUUGACGGGGACGACUUUGAUGAUGUGGAGGAGGAUGAGGGGUUGGACGACCUGGAGAACGCGGAGGAGGAGGGACAGGAGAAUGUGGAGAUCCUCCCCUCAGGAGAACGGCAGCAGGCAAACCAGAAGCGGAUCACUACCCCCUACAUGACCAAAUACGAGCGAGCCAGAGUUCUCGGUACCCGCGCCCUCCAGAUAGCGAUGUGUGCCCCUGUGAUGGUGGAGCUGGAAGGAGAGACAGACCCCCUGCUGAUUGCCAUGAAGGAACUCAAAGCACGAAAGAUCCCCAUAAUCAUUCGUCGUUAUCUACCUGAUGGGAGCUAUGAAGACUGGGGUGUGGAUGAGUUAAUUAUCACAGACUGAUCAGCCUCCAGCCAUCAUUUUGGUUCUUUCCUCACUCAGAGAUGUUUCUAUUUUUGUUUAUAUUUCUGUAAAUAAAUGAUAAUUCUCACCAUUUUAA